UUCCUCCCCUUCUAGAUUUAGCUACUUUUCUUAAAUGGCAAGUGAGAUGAAGAUAUGGUUUGUGUUGUUGACUGUAUUGUUAGUCUUCAUAAACUUAAGUCCAUUGUUGGUAAAGGGAGAACAACAGGUGCCUUGUUUGUUUAUUAUGGGAGACUCUUUAUUUGAUAAUGGAAAUAACAAUAAUCUCUUUACUACUGCAAAGGCCAAUUAUCCACCUUAUGGAAUUGAUUUUCCUGAUGGUCCUACUGGUAGAUUCACCAAUGGCAAGAAUACUGCAGAUUUCAUUGCGGAACUAUUGGGUUUUGACAAGUAUAUUGAGCCAUUUGCAACAGUGAAAGGUGUGGAGAUGUUUAGAGGGGUGAACUAUGCAUCUGGUGCUGCUGGAAUUCGUGAUGAGUCGGGAAUACAUUUGGGAGAUAGAAUCAGCUUGAACAGGCAAUUGCGAAAUCACAAAGAGACAAUUUCCCACAUGUCUACUUUGCUUGAAAAUAAUAUGACUUUAACCAAAGAGUAUCUAAGCAAAUGUAUAUACAUUGUUGGAAUGGGUAACAAUGAUUACAUCAACAACUACUUGAUGCCUCAGUUCUAUCCAUCAAGCCUUUUGUACAAACCAGAAAAAUAUGCCACAAUCCUAGCUCAGCAAUAUGAAAAACAAUUAAAGACUUUGUACCGUUACGGAGCAAGAAAAGUUGCUGUGUUCGGGCUAGGUAGCAUAGGUUGUACUCCAGUAGAGUUGGAUUUGUAUGGGACAAAGGACUCACCAUGUGUCGACUCUAUAAAUAGUGCAGUUUUAAAGUUUGUGGACAAGCUUAAACCAAUGAUAGACGAUUUCAACAGUAAUUUGCCCAACGCAAAUUUCAUCUACAUUAAUGUAACAAGCAUUGCAAUUGGAGAUCCUGCAUCUAUCGGUAUAACAAAUUUAGCUGACCCAUGCUGUGAAAUUUCGAGCUUCAUAGCUAAGGGACAGUGUAGUUAUGGAGGAAGUGCAUGCAGUGAUAGAGCAUCACACUAUUUUUGGGAUGGUUUUCACCCAACAGAAGCUCCCAAUAAGGCCACUGCUGAAAGAGCUUACACUGCUCUUCUACCCACUGAUGCCUAUCCCUUUGAUAUUAGCCACUUGGCUCUGCUCUAAAUAAUUAGUUAACACAUGCAGUCGCGUGUGUAACUUCCUCAAGCUUUAAUUUCAAUAAACAACUAUCUUGUCUACCUUAGUAUGUAUAAUAAAAUUCGUCUAUUGAUUUU